AUGGAGCCCUACAACGACGCUGUUGUUGAGGAGCAUGAGGAGCAGGAAGAAGAGCGUACGGAGGAGAAGAUUAUCAACGAAGAAUACAAGACAUGGAAGAAGAACGCACCUUUUCUUUAUGACAUGAUCCUCAGCACAGCACUAGAAUGGCCCACACUCACAACACAAUGGCUUCCCGAUAAGCAAGAGGUGCCGGAUAAACCGUAUUCUACUCAUCGCCUACUGAUCGGCACACACACUUCUAGCGAUGCGCAAAAUUAUUUGCAAAUUGCUCAUGUCCAACUCCCCAAUCCAUCUGCCCCCAAUCCGGACGACUACGAUGAGGAGCGCGGGGAGAUCGGAGGGUAUGGCGGCAGCUCUAAGAAGGCGCCCAUGGAAAUCAAGUUCAACAUUGUGCAGAAGAUUGAUCACAAGGGUGAAGUCAACAAGGCCCGGUAUCAGCCACAAAACCCCAACAUUAUCGCUACCAUGUGCACAGACGGCAGGGUCAUGAUCUGGGAUCGCUCGAAACACCCGAGUCUGCCAACAGGCCAAGUCAACCCUCAGAUGGAGCUCAUCGGCCAUACGAAAGAGGGAUUCGGUCUCAGUUGGAGUCCGCAUACUGCGGGACAACUCGUUACCGGUAGCGAGGACAAGACAGUCCGAAUCUGGGAUUUGACGACGUACUCAAAGGGCAACAAGUUACUGAAGCCUUCCAGAACUUACACUCACCACUCGUCCAUCGUCAAUGACGUUCAGUAUCAUCCUCUUCACUCGUCCCUUAUUGGCACUGUUUCCGAUGACAUCACUCUUCAGAUUCUCGACAUUCGAGAAUCAGAGACAACUCGUGCAGCUGCAUCUGCAGAGGGCCAACACCGCGAUGCCAUUAAUGCCAUUGCUUUCAACCCCGCCGCCGAGACCGUUCUAGCAACCGGGUCUGCCGAUAAGACGAUAGGUCUUUGGGAUCUGCGAAACUUGAAAACUAAACUGCACUCGUUGGAAAGCCACACUGACUCGGUUACUUCGAUCUCGUGGCAUCCUUUCGAAGAAGCUGUUCUAGCCAGCGCGAGCUAUGACCGAAAGAUCGCUUUCUGGGAUCUCAGUAGGGCAGGCGAGGAACAGACUCCUGAAGAUGCCCAAGACGGCCCACCAGAGCUACUCUUCCAGCACGGCGGGCAUACCAACCGCAUUUCUGACUUUAGUUGGAAUCUCAACGAUCCAUGGGUUCUUUGCUCUGCUGCCGAGGACAAUCUGCUCCAAGUAUGGAAGGUCGCCGAUGCGAUUGUCGGCAAGGAUUUGGAGGAUGUGCCAACCGAGGAGCUGGAACCUUGA